AUGGCGACAGAGACGCGAGAAAGAGGCAACACACUGUACAAGCAGGGAAAGUUGUUGGAGGCAAUUAAAUGCUAUGAGAAGGCUGCCUCCCUUUCGCCGGACGACCCUGCUCCAUUCUCUAACCUCUCGGCCGCCAAGUUCGAGAUUGGCAAAUAUCUGGAGGCAGCGGAGCACGCUCAAAAAGCCGUAUCACUGUCCGCGGACGAGUCGCCAUCCAGGAACAAGCUGAACCUUCGCCUGGCCAGAUGUCAUCUGUAUGGCUUGCAGACCCAGAAGGCUCGAGCAGCGCUUGACAACUGCGGCGAUUUCCCAGGAAGAGAUUCCAUUGUAGAGAGUCUUGCGGCCAUUGAUAACGUGAAAAAGACGGGUACAGAUCCCCAGCGACUGAGGCGAGAUGUUCUGGAUCGUCUGCCCCGAUACAAGCCAUGUUUGCAAGACGAGCCCGAGUACUAUACAAUCGGCCAUGACGAAGCGGAAUCCCAAUUCGACUCGGGCCUAGCAGCAAAGACUAAUAGCAAUAGCUUUCUCUCGUUCCUUUUCUGCGGGAUAGGUGACGCGCGCCACUUGCUGUCAACCCUCCCUCAAAUCAUGCUUCACUCCAGCGGUGGGGCCGAACUCCUCCCCAAGGAGCUUCACUUCACCUUGGUCGACCUCAAACCGGCAGCGCUGGCUCGAAUUCUCAUUCUGCUGAGACUCCUAUCACAGCUGCCCCCACAUGAGGAGAUGACGAGUCCAGCCGUUGAAGACAUGACAUGCGUCAUUUCCUACCUCUACAUUGGGCAUGUAAUGCCGCCAUUUGUCUAUAAAGCUGUCACGCGGGUCAUCCAGGACCUAAUACGGGUCCUGGAGGAGAACCGUGCGAAAGACCCCAUGCUGAAAUGGACUGUUAUGCCAGAAGCCACCCGGAUACAGGCUCUUGAGCACUUGCGAUGUUGGUCAAAGCCAUUGGACAACUUAUACCGCCCUGAAAAUAUAAGGCAUUUGGUCAAGACUAACAUUCAACGGACCAAAAUGAGCCGCAUGAGGAAUGGACUGAGCGCCGAGGGACCAACCCCUCCCACGUGCGAGGAGGAUGAGGCGGCAUUCGACGCGUUUACAAUCACUCCACCGCCGGCGGCUUUCAUCAAACGCCACGAGCCCGAGAUUGGGACGCUCCUUGACCUGAUGAGGUCUGCAACCCGCAAGACUCAGGAGCGAGCUCGGCACUCGGCUACUCUCGACGAGUACAUCAACCGGCAUUGGAAAACCAACAUGACGCUGAUAGAUUUCGAAUGGGAGGCAAAAAAAGAUCGCAAUAAUGACCAAGAAGCCCAGUUCCUCCCGGAAUGGGCACGACUGACUGCAAUAGAAGGGGAGCACGUGAGCAUGCUCCGGCACAUCCUCGGCGACUACAACCCUUCCCCUCUUCCCGGGCAGAAAGGGGUUAUUCAAAUGCUAGGGACGUACUUUUUCCUGGUCGGCAGGUCUCUGGAUCACAUACGACGCUUUUCCAAUUUGCGGGUGGAGAUCAUAUCUGGGGAGAUGACAGACGUCAUGGAGAGGCUCCGUUAUGGUUGUGUCGAAGAUCGAGCUGUGACACGCUUUUCUGCAUCAUUUCCACAGCGAUUCGAUCGUAUACACAUGAGCAAUAUCCCGGACUAUAUCGGGGGCAUUCUCGGCCCUUUGGAGUACGCGCGUCCGCUUCUUAAAGACAGGGACUCCAACUUCCAGUAUAGAUGCCUUCUAAAUCCGCCCAGGUUCAAAUCCCAGGAGCACUUUCUGUCUGAAUACGUGCUCAUGUCGGACGAGCAAGAAAUCAGGGACCACUUUUGCGCCGAAUUAUUUGAUCAGUAUGACGGCCAAGUAUCAAGGCCGUCGGGAAAGGACUUCUACCUGGGCCAGGGUUACUGGGCUUGGAAGCCUUCGGGCGACACCAGUAAGCUCCCUUGGAAGAAGCUUAUGCCCCGGCCACGCCUGGAGAGAUGGCUCUAUGCCCACUUCCUCAAGAUCUGCUUGCCUGAAAAACGAGACCCGGAGCACGGAGCUGCGGUGUAUGCACCCCUGAACUUAACUGCGUUCAUCAGGUUGCUUUUGCACCUGUUCGAAAGGGGUUACCCGGCCCACUGGCUCGGAACUGUCAUUGAGAAUCUCACUUCUGCAAGCAUCAAGACGACAGCAAGGGCGCCGAGAAAGGAGGUCACGGACGUGGGGGAUGUUAACACAGUAUACCCUCUCAGACAAAUAUCUGUUGCUCCAUGGGUAGCGGAGUUUACGACCCUGGUGGGCAUCUGGAGAGGUCUCGUGCCGUUUGGCUUUGUCGUUGCCAACGGCGCUCAGGUCACGUUGUCUGAUGUCUUCGAGUACUCUAUAAAGUUCUUAGACUUCAGUGGUCACAACCUGCGACUGCGUGUCCCGCACUUCAUCCUUGUAUUCCACAAAACGGAGCUCGGCAAGAUGCCACAGCUUCUGAGGAAGACAUUGCUCGACGAUGAAUUUGGAGACACCUCCGAGCAGGCAAAUAAAGCUCGGACGGAGGGACUGCACGUCGUCUCGACUUUUAAAUACGUGACAGAUACGAGGACGGCAUCAUUCUGGAUGCGGCGGGACGUGGGCGAUAAGCUGUGUCAAGGCGGGUGGAAUGCUUCGAUCUGGAGGACCGAUUCGUGGAAUAAGCAAGUUGGGGAUGUGCCAACCUCCAGUCACAUGGUCAAAGGGCAGCAAUGGAGGUAG